UGUGUGUGUGUGUGUGUUUGUGCAGCAGCAGAAGAGCAGUACAGAGCCGGAAUGUUGGAGUGUGUUUUGGCCGCUCUCCUCCUCCUCCUCACCCUCCUCUUCCUCACGCGCACGCUUGGGAGGCAACGGAGAGAGGGGGAGCCGCCGCUGGUCACUGGUCAUUUGCCGUUUGUGGGGAAAGCUGUUGAGUUCGGACACGACGCCCUCAAACUCCUCACACAGCUGCAGCACACACACGGGGACAUCUUCACUGUACUCAUCGCAGGGCGCUACAUGACGUUCGUGAUGGACCCUCUGCUGUACCCCGCGGUGGUCAAACAUGGCCGCCAGCUGGACUUCCACGCCUUCACCGACCGCGUGGCUCCUCCCACCUUCGGCUACCCGCCCACAAGGGGUGUGGCCUAUUCCGGCCUAUCGGAUCGCAUCCAGAGCAGCUUCCAGCUCCUGCAGGGCGACGCCCUCUCCCGCCUCUCCAAGGGCAUGAUCACAAACCUGCUGGCGGCGCUACGACAUCACUUCCUGUGUGGGCGGGGCCUGGGCUGGCGGCAGGCGGGGCUGUACGAGCUGUGUGAGCAGCUGAUGUUCCGCGCAUCGCUGCUGACGCUCUACGGCACACACACACACACACACUCCGCCCGCGCUGUGGAGGAUCUACGGAAGAGGUUCACAGCAUUCGACGGCUGGUUCCCUCUGCUGGUGGGGGGCGUGCCUAUCUGGCUGCUGGGACGAACCAAGGCCACGCGGGGGGAGCUCAUCGCCCACUUCCACCCCCCCAGCAUGCAGCAAUGGAACGACCCGUCCGACUUCAUCAAGACCAGAACACAGCUGCUGAAUGAGUACCCACUCACCAACGCCGAGAAAGGAGGUCAUCACUUUGCUAUCCUGUGGGCGUCCGUGGGCAACACCAUCCCAGCUGCAUUCUGGGUAGUCUACCACCUGCUGGCCUACCCAGAAGCUCUUGCAGUGGUGAAGUCUGAGAUUCAGGAAGUGCUUGGUAUCCAAGGCGACGGCCUGGCCCUUAAUGAUGAUGUCACACUCACACCUGAGGAUCUGGACCGUAUGAUCUAUUUAGAGAGUGCGGUGUGUGAAAGUCUGCGUCUGUCCUCGGCGUCUAUGAACGUGCGCGUGUGUGUGGAGGACUUUGAGCUGCAGCUGACGCCACAGCGCUCCGUCAGGCUCCGGAAGGAUGACAUCAUCGCCCUCUAUCCCCAGAGCAUGCACAUGGACCCCGAGAUCUACCCCGAGCCACAGGUGUACAGGUUCGACCGCUUCGUGCAGGACGGUGAGCGGCGGACGGAGUUCCUGAGGCGAGGUCAAAGGUUACGCUACUUCCUGAUGCCCUUCGGCUCCGGCGGCUCCAAGUGUCCCGGACGCCACUUCGCCCUCGCCGAGCUCAAGCAGCUGGUGUGUGUGUUGCUGCUCUACUGCCGGCUGGAGCUCACACACGCACACACACACUCACACGCACACGCACACACACACGCACACACACACUCUCCGGAGCUGGACACCUCCCGUGCAGGCCUGGGCAUUCUGCCCCCGAGACGAGACGUCCCUGUGCGCUACACACUCCUCCGAGAGGAAGAGGGGGAGGAGAGAGAGAAAGAGAGGGAGGGAGAGAGGGAGAGAGGAGGAGAGGCGGAGGAAGAUUUCAUGACCCCCAAACCCUUCUGA